AUGGCAAAAAAAUCGAUGAUUGCGCGUGAAACAAAACGCCAACGUCUUGUAGAAAAAUAUGCACAGAAACGUGCACAAUUCAAGCAGGAUAUUCGUAAUGCUGGAUCUAUUCGUGAAGUAGUAGCAAUCCACCGUCAAUUCCAAACAUUACCUCGUAAUAGUGCACCGGUACGUUUACAUAACCGUUGUGCUCAAACAGGUCGACCAAAAGGAUAUUAUCGCGAUUUUGGUCUUUCACGUCAUGUUUUACGUGAGAUGGCACACCAAUGUUUACUUCCUGGAGUACGUAAAGCAAGUUGGUAA